AUGAGGAUCUGCCAUUCGGGAACUCUCUCAAACUUGAAGAAUCUUCCGGUAACAUCAAGGAGAGCGAUGCAUUCGGCCAUUGUCAAUUACUCCGCUCAAAAGACCCAGUUUCCAGUAGAGACAAAUAAUGGCGAACACUAUUGGGCGGAAAAGCCAAAUAAAUUCUACCAAAAUAAAAGGCCCAAUUUUCAAGGCAUUACUUUUGCUAAACAGCAAGACUUACCAUCAUUACCCGUUCCUGAGUUAAAUUCUACGCUUGACAAGUAUUUGCAAACCAUCCGUCCAUUUUGCAAUGAUGUGGAAACUUUUGAAAGACAGCGGUUGUUAUGUAAGGACUUCUCGGAGCACAUGGGGCCUGUCUUACAAGACCGAUUAAAAGUGUAUGCUGGCGAUAAAAGGAACUGGAUGGCCAAAUUUUGGGAUGAACAAUCUUAUUUACAAUACAACGAUCCUAUUGUUCCGUACGUGUCUUAUUUCUACUCUCAUAUGCCAUUGCCGAAUCAUCUAUCAAAGAUCGAUAAUGACCCUUUGAUUAAGGCUACUGCAAUUAUCUCAACCGUGGUUAAAUUCAUCGAGGCUAUUAAAGAUGAAUCUUUGCCCUCAGAAACCAUUAAAGGCACACCAUUUUGUAUGAAUAGUUUUUCGUUGAUGUUUAACACUUCGAGAUUGCCUGGUAUGCCAGAGGAUAAUCAAGACACAAACAUUAUUUAUUCAAUUUAUGAGAAUAACUUUGUGACCAUUGCUUAUAAGGGGAUAUUUUACAAACUGAUGACUCAUGACGCCAAUAACAAACCGCUUUCCGAAAAUGAGAUCUGGAAGCAGCUGUACUCUGUAGUAUUCCAAGGAUCUCAGUCCAAGCCCAAACUAGGUGGCAUUGGUUCUCUCACUUCUUUACCCCGUGAUCAAUGGCGUGAGGUCCAUAUGGAGCUUACGAAGGAUCCCAUUUCUCAAGAUUCAUUAGAAACAAUCCAUAAGUCUUCCUUUAUGCUAUGUUUGGAUCUCGAUCAAUCUCCUGUCACUUUGGAGGAAAAGUCAAGGAAUUGCUGGCACGGUGAUGGAAUUAAUAGAUUCUACGAUAAAUCGUUACAGUUCCUGGUCACUGGUAAUGGCUCAUCAGGUUUCCUAGCUGAACACUCAAAGAUGGAUGGUACACCAACAUUAUUUUUGAAUAACUACGUUUGUCAGCAGUUGAACAAACUAGACGCAGAUGACUUCGCGAGAAAAAUAUUUACCCCAUCAUCCACGGCUACAUUAAAACCUAUGGAAUUACCCUUCAUUAUCACACCAAAGAUUAAUAAAGCAAUUGAGUCUGCUCAAUUACAGUUCAAGGAAACAAUUGGCGAGCAUGACAUACGUGUCUGGCACUACAACAAAUACGGAAAAACGUUCAUAAAGCGCCAUGGUAUGUCACCCGAUGCAUUUAUUCAACAAAUCAUUCAACUGGCUGUUUUCAAAUACCUAAAGCGACCACUACCCACUUACGAGGCUGCUUCCACAAGAAAGUAUUUCAAAGGUCGUACUGAAACUGGUAGAUCUGUGUCCACAGCUUCCUUAGAAUUUGUUUCUAAGUGGCAAAACGGGGAGGUUUCUAUUGCAGAAAAGAUCCAGGCUUUGAAGCAUUCUGCUAAAGAGCAUUCUACGUACCUGAAAAACGCUGCAAAUGGUAAUGGUGUCGAUCGUCAUUUCUUCGGUCUAAAAAAUAUGAUUAAACCUAACAAUGAUCAAGUUCCACCACUUUUCAAAGAUCCCCUAUUUAAUUACUCCUCAACCUGGUUGAUCUCCACAUCUCAACUAUCUUCCGAAUAUUUUGACGGUUAUGGUUGGUCUCAAGUCAAUGACAAUGGGUUUGGACUAGCAUACAUGUUGAAUAAUGAGUGGUUGCAUAUUAAUAUUGUCAACAAACCAGUCAAGAGUGGAGUCAGUGUUAACAGAUUACACUACUAUUUAUCUCAAGCUGCUGAUGAAAUUUAUGACGCCUUGGAAAAUGAGAAUAAACGAAAGGCAAAGUUGUGA